AUCGUUGAACAUAAACAUUGAAAAGUGUCAAACAAGUUGCACUUCUGUUUCGUACUCGGUUCUGGAUUUAAUUUUUUUUUUCAUAAAACCAACUGAAAAUUACAUUUGCAUCCAUAUAAACUCUCUGGCCAUGAGUUUCCAGUUUAAUUUCCAAACUCAUUCCAAUACCAAUGGCACAUCCUCUGAACGACUGCAUGUAUUCGCUUCAGUCAAAAGAGAUGAAUCGAAGCUGGUCGACGCAUCAUCGGACAUUUCAACGAAAAAAGUGGUGAAACAGCGUACAAAUUUGCUGGCGAUGCAAACAAGUUCACGACUUUUUUCAAACCGUGACAAAACUGGUGACAUCAAAUUCAAAGUAGGCCACGAAGAGAUUUGGGCACACAAAUGUGUGUUGGCGGCACUGAGUCCAAAGUACGAAACACAAUUCUACGGUGCUGGUGAAUUUGAUGACAAAAACAGCAAUAUGAUCGAAGUAAAGGAAGUGACAGCGGCUGCUUUCACGGAAUUUCUUCAAUUUUUCUAUUUGAAACACUUUCAAUUGACACACGAAAAUAUUGAGCACGUUUUUACACUGGCCGAAGCAUCACUGGUUGAGGAAUUUGUCGAUUUAUGUAUUGGUUUCCUCACCGAAACGGUGUCCAAUGAAAAUGUGUGCCAAAGUUAUUACCUGGCCAUGAAGCAUGGAUGCGAGAAUUUGAUCGAGACUUGCGAACGAAAACUCAGCUUGCAUUCGGACGAAGUGUUCGCAUCGAAUGGGUUCAUCGCCAGCAAUCGUGAGGUGAUUUACAACAUUCUUCAAUUGGAUUCGUUGAACUGCAAAGAAACCGAAGUGUUCAACGCUUGUGUGGCAUGGGCCAAGAAUUUUUGCACCGAAAAUGGCACCGAUCCAGAGGAUAAGAAGAAUUUACGUGAGGCAUUCGUUGGGACAGCAACUCCACCGGUGAAUUUAUUACAUCAAAUUCGCUUUGGUGUCAUGUCAAUCGAAGAGUUCAUGGUGUGCUACAAGUCGUACAAGAAUCUCUUCACCGAAGACGAACGAGAAGAAAUCCUGUAUACCAUUGGCAAAGUGACCGACACAAAGCCGAAGCGAUUCAACGAGGAAUUACGAGAUGUUCCGUAUCGGAAAUGGAGCGAAGACGCCAAAAUUGAAUGCAAUCGAAUUUUCGCUGAAACACCAUUGGCCAAUUUCCAUUUUGGUGCGUACAAAACCACAUUUUCCUUCAAUAAACCGAUUUUGUUGGGCGGUUUCUACUGUGGAUGUCUAUUCGAAAAUGCCGGCAGUGGCGUCAAUGAAAAACUUGUAUCGGCCAACUUAACCAUCAUUCGGAAACACACAACACAAGAUGCCGAUGGAAAGAUGGUUUUCAACAGCGUUGAACAACUGGCAUUUGGCACGAAACAACAAGCCACCGUCAAACUUCAACGACCGAUUUUCAUCAAACCCGAUUUUGUGUACGAAAUUCAAUUGGAAUUCAAAGAAGGUUUCAGCGUGAAAAAUUACGAAUUCAAAAAAGAAGUGACUUUGGAUAAGGACACAACGGCCACAUUCCAUGAGACUCAAGGUCUAGUUACUUGUCUGAUUGUGAACCUUUGUAAUGGCGAGGUUGAUGAAAUGGUCGAAUUCAAAGCUACACCAAAUAUUUUCCGUAACAACUAAGAACAUUUUUUUUCAUCAGCUUUAAAAAAAAAAUGCAAAUCAUCACAAUCUAAUUAAUUGAAUUAAUAAUAAAUUCUAUGAAAACCAAUUUUCAAUAAACAUUUUUUUUUGAUUUUCUUUCA